GCGCUCCGAGCUGCAGGCCGGGCGGCGAGCCCCCUCCUCCCCGCCGCGCCUCACCUGGCCCUCCCCGGGGCCCGGAACCUUGGGCGGGCGGAACCUCGGUGGCGGACUCGGGGCAAGGCCGACCCGGAGCGCGAUGGAGCAGGCGCGCGGGCCGCGGGCUGAAGUCGACGAGCGCGAGCACGAGGAAGAGGAGGAGGAGGCGGGGGCGGCUAUGGCUGCUGUGGUGGUGGCGGCCGGUAGCACGGGCCCCGCAGUGCUGCAGGUGGCCGGUCUGUACCGGGGCCUGUGCGCGGUGCGUAGCCGCGCCCUAGGACUGGGGCUCGUGUCCCCCGCGCAGCUGCGCGUGUUCCCGGUGCGCCGCUGCUCGGGCCGGCCCGCGGGGGGCGCCGACGGUAGCCGGGCUGGGACCGAUCUCGAGGCUAACCCCUUCUACGACCGCUACAGGGACAAGAUCCAGCAGCUGCGCAGAUCUGACCCAGCUGCUUUUGAAUCCCGACUAGAGAAGCGCAGUGAGUUUCGGAAACAGCCAGUGGGGCACUCCAGGCAAGGGGACUUUAUCAAAUGUGUGGAAGAGAAGACAGACCCCUUGGGGAAACAGCCUGUGAGCAGAGGAUUCCCUAAGGACAAGACUCUCAGUUCAAUCUUUAACAUUGAGAUGGUGAAAGACAAAACCGCAGAAGAAAUAAGACAGAUUUGGCAGCAGUAUUUUGCAGCAAAGGAUACAGUCUACGCAGUUAUUCCUGAAGAGAAGUUUGACUUGGUCUGGACCCGAGCUCAGUCCUGUCCAACAUUUCUAUGUGCACUACCAAGAAGGGAAGGUUAUGAGUUCUUUGUAGGACAAUGGACAGGUACCGAACUCCACUUCACUGCUCUCAUAAAUAUUCAGACCCGAGGGGAUGCUGCAGCCAGCCAGCUGGUUUUAUAUCAUUACCCUGAACUUAAGGAAGAAAAGGGCAUAGUGCUGAUGACAGCAGAAAUGGAUACCACCUUUCUGAAUGUUGCUGAGGCACAGUGCAUUGCCAACCAAGUUCAGCUCUUCUAUGCCACUGAUCGGAAGGAGACCUACGAGAUAGUGGAGACCUUUAACUUCAGACCAAAUGAGUUCAAAUAUAUGUCUGUCAUCGCUGAAUUGGAGCAAAGUGGACUUGGAGCAGAACUGAAAUGUGCCCAGAACCAGGAUAAGAUGUAAAGCUGUAAGGGUUGGCUUACAGCAUCUGCUCAGCCCUGGAUAGUUUUCAAAAGCCCACCGCCCCCUUGAACUUUUGGAGCUUAGCAGAUAGAAGGAGCAGUCUCUAAUGAGUUGACCUGUUUGCUUAUCGCAAGAAGUAAUCGUGGAGGUGAGCCCUUUUACUUGACAUUCAGGAAUGACAGUGGCAAACAUUCUGAGAAUUACCUCCCAGCAUAUUUAAGCUUUCCUUUUUAAGUAUUUGCAGUCAUGACCAGAGAGAGCUAAGGAUCCACAAAAUGGUUGAUUUGACUUUACACAGUAUAAUAGUGCUAUGCACCACACAACUCCCAAAUGACUGGUUCCUCAUAUGUAUAAACUUGUGACAGGAUAAUAAGUUUGACGACCUACUGUAGUUAGACGUGGGUUUUGCAUACUCCUCCUGUUGUGUGCCUCUUGGCUGACCAAAGGCAUAGCUCAGAUAUCCUGUUUAGACUCUAGAACAACCAGAUAUUGCCAUCAGGAUUAAGACUUUAUCUAAAAAUUUUUUUUAAAUUAAAAAAAAAAAAAAAGACUUUAUCUAGAUGUCCCCAGAGUUGCCUUUAGCAUAGCUGGUUCGGAGGGUCUUGUAGAUUUUAGAUGUAGUGACACACACCGGUACAGUGCCUGCGUACUGUUAAACCACAGUUUGUGGCACCUCCGCCUCUAGAAGCUGUGUAUUUGGAGGGGAGGAGUCAGUACAGUGUAAAUAAAUCAACACGUUUGUAAGGAGAGGAUCGAUCUAGAUUUGCAUGUUUUGUUUUGUUUGUUUUAAACAACUCUAAACCAUGCCAGUAUUAAAUGAAAAAGUAGGUGGAAGCAAAUGUUCCCAGAUUGGGUGCGGGAAGAAUGUAGCAAUAAAAUAAAGUCUGGCUUACAGUCUUUUUACACAAAACAGUGAAAUCUAACCUACAUGCUGUUCUUGGUGUCAAUGUGAAUCAGUGGACUGAACAAAACCCAUCUUUGUACUCAGCAGUUGCUUUAAACUCCAAAUACAUGAAAGGAGCUCUCCAGCUCCUUCAUAUUUGGUUUGUAGUGUCACUGCUGUGGCUCCAAGCUCAGUGAUAGAAGAGCUUGGUUACACACCAGCCUUCUGAAUCUAAGGUUCCAGGGCCCCCUCAGUAUUGUCAUCAACCCGCUUUACUAUACCUUUCCUUUUCCUGACCUGACGUGCUCCAACUUUGCUGCUCCUGCCUGCUGGUUGCCUAUGUGACACUGAAUUGGUAAGUGGGACUGUAACCAGGAGUUGCAGAUUGCGUGUGUAUAUGUUCUUUAUUAUGGGAGAUUGUUUAUAAGUUGGGCCUGUCUCCAAGCUCUUGAGAUGGGAUUGGUCUUCCCAUUAUUUUCUGAGCUGUAUCUAUUUUGUUGCAUUUCUGAGUCUGUGUGUAGAAAGAGAUAGUGUGUAUUUAAGCUGGAAAAGCUGCUAGCCUUUCACAGUUUCUGUAAAGGUUGAGCUAUUUCUAAUACAAAUUCUGGACCUGCCUCUGUUCUGACAGUUCAUUUUUUGAGAAACUUGAGUCUGGAUGUUUUGAGUCCCAGGAAUCUUUGACAUCAGGUGGAGCUGCUUUCCUGGAUAUCCAGUGAUAUGUGCUUUUCCCUUCGGAUGGACCCCCUUCUUGACCAUAGUACAUUUUCAUAACACCUCCACUAGAGGGUGAGAAGACAUAAGAUGAUGGAAGAAGAAAUAAGAAUCAGUUGGCUGCUCAUUCCUCCCAACUUGGCCCUAAAUCUCCACUUGCCAGGAAAGAAUGUAUACAUGGACAGUUUUAUUGGACAUGGUCAAAAUGCCAUCUGGCUGCUCUUUAUAUUUGCCUGGUGAAAUCUGGCAAAGAACCAAAAGAAAAUUGUAACAAUCAGUACAUUUGAACCCUGGUGUGACAUGGUGUUACAAGAAGUGGACGAGCUUUGGAGUUAAGUGAAUCUGAGUUCAGAUGUCAGUGUUGGAAUUCAUUAGCUCUGUAAUGUUGAACAAAUCAUCUACAGCCUUUGAUUCUGUUGCUCCAUCUGUAAAAUAUGGAUCAUAAUAAUAUCUACCUCAUAGGAUUACUGUGAGAAUUUAAACAGGCUUACACAUAGACUACAGUAGAGCUUCAUAAAUGUCAAUACCACUCUUUUCUACUCCCCCUGUCACUAAAGACCAACACAUUUGGACCAUCAGCAUUUCGGAUGCAGAGAUCAUUCAUCACAAAGCAAACCUUAUCUCACAAAUUCUCAAACUUUAAGUUGCAGUAGAAUUACCUAGAGCACUUUAAAAUGCAGAUUCUCAGCUCCCCCGCCCUGCUGAAUCAUAAUCUUUUCAGAAAGUGCUGGGAAUCUGUGUUUAAGUGCUCCAGAUGGUUGGGAUGUAGGUAAGUCACUAGUUACAUUUUGAGAACCAUUGCCUUAUCUGUUCUUCACAGAAAAGACUCCCAUUAGCCAGAUCUUUCUUUCCUACAGACAUUAACCUUAAGAUCGGUUCCUUUGCUCUUGCCUCCCACAGUGGUCUCCCUUUGCGUACUUUACAACAUAAUUCUUUAUGUAUGUAUCUUUUUUUUCCCCACCACUAGAUUGUGAGCUCCUUGAGGGCCAGGGUUUAUCUCCAUUCCAAGUGCCAGGGACAUGGCCUGGAACAUAGAAGAUACUGAGUUGUUUGUUGAAGAAAUAAAUGACAUGGAUUUUAGCCAAAACAUGA